UCCUGAUUUGACAACCCUGGAGCCUACCACACAGCCCACUAUAUUGCAAGGCUUCCCGUUAGUAGCGCACCAUCAUCUGCACCUGCCUACUCUGUUGUUGUGGUCGGAUCGCUAGGAGGGGUCAUUAUUUCGCAGGCAGGCGUAGGAAGACGAGGCAUUUCCAAGACACCGACAGCAGCGUGUAGCCUCAGAUUCAGCACCACACGAUUGAGGAAAGCGUCAGGAUAAGAGUCGAUUCUCACUGCUCACCGUGGGUUAACUGAACAACAGGACACCAUUUUUUGGGACUACUCAGUGAAACCAGGCGCUGCACACAGUUCGCGGACCUGCAAGAGGUGUCAUCUCCAACGGUUAACGAGACCAUGACGACCGCCACCUCCCCCAUCCUGUUGAAAUGGGACCCCAAGAGUCUGGAGAUCCGCACCCUGACUGUGGAGAGGCUUCUGGAGCCCCUCGUCACGCAGGUGACCACCCUGGUGAACACCAGCAACAAAGGGCCAUCCAGUAAGAAGAAGGGGCGCUCCAAGAAGGCCCAUGUCCUGGCAGUGUCUGUUGAGCAGGCCACCCAGAACUUCUUGGAAAAGGGCGAGCAGAUUGCCAAAGACAGCCACGACCUCAAGGAGGAGCUCAUUUCUGCUGUCGAGGACGUCCGUAAGCAAGGAGAGACGAUGCGUAAUUCCUCGUCAGAGUUUGCCGAUGACCCGUGUUCCUCUGUGAAACGUGGCACCAUGGUGAGGGCCGCCCGCGCCCUGCUCUCUGCUGUCACCCGCCUGCUCAUCCUCGCUGACAUGGCUGAUGUCAUGCGGCUGCUGGCCCACCUUAAAAUUGUGGAGGAGGCCCUGGAGGGAGUAAAGAAUGCGACCAAUGAGCAGGACCUGGCAAACCGCUUCAAGGAGUUUGGGAAGGAGAUGGUGAAGCUGAACUAUGUGGCAGCUCGGAGGCAGCAGGAGCUGAAAGACCCCCAGUGUCGAGAUGAGAUGGCAGCUGCACGCGGGGCCCUUAAGAAAAACGCCACCAUGCUGUACACGGCCUCACAGGCCUUCCUGCGCCACCCAGAUGUGGCGGCCACACGUGCUAACCGGGACUACGUGUUCAAGCAGGUGCAGGAGGCCAUAGGAGGCAUUUCCAGUGCUGCUCAGGCCACCUCACCCACUGACGAGAAGCAUGGCCAUGCCGGCAUCGGAGAGCUGGCUGCUGCCCUCAACGAAUUCGAUAACAAGAUCAUCCUGGACCCUCUGACAUUCAGCGAGGCUCGUUUCCGUCCCUCUCUGGAAGAGCGCUUGGAGAGCAUCAUAAGUGGUGCCGCGCUAAUGGCUGACUCCUCAUGCACACGUGACGACCGCCGUGAACGCAUUGUGGCUGAGUGCAACGCUGUUCGACAGGCCCUGCAAGACCUGUUGAGCGAGUACAUGAACAAUAGUAGUGCGACAGGUGCAAAGGCGGGAGGAGAUGAGACGGUGAAAGGUAAGCUGUUGGUGAAAAUGAGCUCUUUGACGUGCCUAGAAAAGAUGUCUGUCGACCAGGUCUAUUUUAGCAUCAAUUUAUUGAUAACUUCAUGUCCCCAUUAUUAUGGAAAUUAUGGGCUUUUGUCUUUUGGCUUUUUUUUUUUUUUUUUUCAAUUAAAAAAAAAAAAUCAUACAAUAAUGGUAAUGCAUACGUUUGUAUAUUGCAACUCUUAACCUAUUGGGCAACAACAGUAUUUUCCUUCUUGGAGAAGCCGCACUUUUCCUCUUCAUUUGGGGAGCCGUUUUCCUCACGCACCACUGUGAUUGGCACGGCCGUUGAAAGGUUAUGAGUCUGGCCAAGACAAUAAUUAAUCAUCACACACAUCCAAUUUAUAUUUGACUUCAACAGACCCUUUUGUGCAUAUAGAGCUGUGAGCUUUUUCUACAUUAGCAAAAGUAAUAGAUGCACUUGGAUACACUGUUAUUGACCUUGCACACAUCAUUUUGUUCUUUGUGCUGGAUUUUGCGAUAAUGCUAUUAACACAGGAGCCCUAACAUUUCUGAAAUGUUCUAUGUGAAAUGUUUUAUAAUUUUAAUAGCAAGUGUUAGACUCAUCGUUGCAGUUUUUCUGCAGAGAAAACUGUUGGCAGAAUACUUGAAAGUAUAAUGCACAUGCAUUUUGACUGUGUACCUGGAAAAAAAAAAACUUGGUAUACAAUAUAGAAUAGAAUAUUCAAGGGUUCACGGAUAAAACAAACUCAUUCAAGUUAAUUAAUCACAAUUAUACCCACGCAGGUGGGGUACUUUAUUCCAAUCAACUGAUUAAAGACAGCCAAUUAACAACAACAUGGUCAUAUGCGGCAUAACCUUCAAACAUACAUGUAAACUAACUCCUGAGUAGAUGACUUACAUGAUGAUAAAGAACAGCUUACUCUGUGUUCAUUAACGAAAGCUGUAAUUAUCUUGUCAAAUUAAAAUUGAAUUAAAACAAUUCAUAACUUUUUUUUUUUCUUUUUAUGAUACAUUCUUUCAAGGUUUUCAUGGAAAUAUUAAUGUAAAGUUAAUAUUGAGACACGAUCAACAUGGCAACCUUUCAGGUGCCCCUUAACAAAGCCCUAAAUCACUGAAAAGGCAGCGCCUAUUACUUCCGCAGUGGGGCACUUACUAGGCCAGCCUGAAUUGUUAGAUAACAUCUAAUGGGCCUCGACUGUUGGUGAGUUAUUGCUGUGAUCAAAAUGACUGUAAUGUACCCGUUCUACUAAUCUGGGACUCAGAGUCCACAUUGGUAAUGUUAGCCUCGGGUAACAUAGCCAUCUGUGGAGGAAGAAGCUCAGGAGAUGUUAAUACCUUUACUAUGCUGCUGGUGGUAAAUGGAGAAUUAACAGUUAUCUUAAUAUGUUCUUAUGUUCUCUUCAGAACCUGUUACCCUGUCUUUUUUUUCAGCUGUUUAGUGUUAGCUUUUUAAACCAUUACACGGUUAUGGUUAUAUAUUGUACAUAUGAUGUUGUUCUUUUUGUUUGAGAUUGAUUGAGAUUUUUCUAUGCUUUAUUCGUUUGUAACGACUUGCUUCCUGUUGGGUCACCAUUGUAAAUGAGAACUGGUUCUCAAUUGACUAAUCUGGUUAAAUAAAGGUAAAAUAAAUAAAUAUAUAAAAUAAGUGAAAUGAGAACUUGCAGGAUUUAAAUGUGAGCUGGUGAUCUUUAGUGGGCCAUCAGUACUGCUGCUGUGUCAAGGAGGGACUCAGAGUGUGAAGGACUUGAUUUCUCCUUAAAGGAGGACUACUUUAGUACCUCAUUCACCACUGUGAAAAUCUAGGCCAUCCUGAAAGCAGCUCUCAAAAACGCUCUUUUUAGUGAAUAUUAGAAACAACCACAAUAUUUAAACCUGCAUCAUUUAAUGUAUCUUAAGUUUUGUUUGAUGACCAAAAUUAAAUCUUAAUGAUAAUGCAUGUGCGACCUGCUGGAACUGUCUUCUAACGAUCGAUUCAGUGUGUAUUACGUGUAAUUUGUGACCAUUGAGCAAUUAGCGAGCCAGCUGUCUAUUGAUCCCUACAGUAUAUCGGUUCUCCUGCUGGCAAAAGGCCCUGUGUAAUACUAUAUAAUCUUCAACCUAAUUAUGUGUAUUUGUUGUGGCGUCUGGGCUCAUAACGUUUUCCAGAAACAAUAGGGUGCUAUUAGAUAAGACUCCUUAUUAGAUUAGAGAUCCUCUCUGGUUGUAAUAGAAUAUUAACAGUGCAACAGCAGUAGUUCUACACUCGGCAUGCAUGUGUGUGUGUCUGUGAACGUUUGCGGGAAAUGACCUGCACUUGUUGUCAAAACAUGUUUUUAUUGUUUUUUUUGAUUGUUGUUUUCAACACUCUCCCGCUGUGUUACACGCCACUUCUCACAACUUGGAGACAAAAGGUAACAUAAUGCUCUGGUUUUAAAAGAUAUUUGAUCUUUAGAAAAUAAUCUGAAUGGUAAUCACUUUAAUUUUUGACAAUAAUGUCAUUGGUCUGUCUCUUUUUUGUCUUGUUUUACUUGGGAAACUGAUUUUGUAGUUAUGAUAACAGUUAUUUUUUUAUGUAUUUAAUAUUAUCAGUUGCAGCCCAGCAGGAGACAUUUCUAGUUGUGUGGUUGAUUCAUAGGACCAGUCUGCAAAAUCACUGAAGAAACAUGAAAAUUAUUUUUGUCUAACGUAAAAAAACAAAGGCUCUGUGAUGUGUAUAAACGGUAUGGCUCUUUUAUUCAUAACAAAACGCGCCUGCCAUCAUUUCCUCAGAGUAUGGUAUAAAAGCCACCGAGAUCUUCUCCUUUUACCAACUCUCUGAAAACAAAAAAAUCACGUGUGUGUUCAUGAACAUGAGAUGCCCUCUCCCCCUCUUAAGGCAAAGCAGUUUUUUGCUAAGGUAAUUGUGCCCUGCUUCAUUAGGCCCGUGAGUUGUGCUUUAGAGGCUACAGCUGGGAGAUUGCUGACAGCCCCUGGCUGUCCUAGCAAAGAAGGGGGAGUAAAUCACAGAGACACAAAAAACAAAAUGCUUCCACUUCUCAGCUCAGCAUCCCCUGAGGGUAAAACAACAAACAAGAGUGAAUGUCGAAGAUAUCGUUACCAAGCCUGCUCGUGAAUUGUGUUAUUCAAUAAAUCAUAUACGUAGGUGCUUAAAAUAGCAAUACAUCUCCUUCAAGAAAUGAAUGCUUGUUAAACCCAACUCCUCUCUAAAAACAGUACUAUAUGUCCUUAACUCAAGAUGUUGAGUGAUGCCUUUCUGCGUAGCACAGUAGGAAGAGAGCAAUUUUUUACUUUUCUUUCUCAGACAUUUUCAUUCAUUCUUUUAUUUUUUGAGAGACAUCUUAAAUCUCAAAUAGUCAGUUUCAGUGACAUGUAAUUCGUAGGCAUUACUGUGUCCCUGUCUGACGUUUUGCUUUAACAAAAAUCAUUUGUUUUUUGAUAUAGUUUUACUGCAGUCCAGGCAAAAAAAAAAAGGUAUGUACUGUAUGUAUAUACAGUACAUAUAAACAACCUCAACUGGUUGAGAGUUCAGGCACCCGGGGAUCAUGUCAUUAAUGUCGUGCCAUAUAACACACUUUGUGCUGGCAAUUUACAGCUCACUUUGUCAAAUAUGAGACAUUACCUCCAACUGAUUUCUACCAGUAAAAAGUCCUAGCAUAGUGUUUGACUGUAGGUCCCUGUGGGAUGGGAUUCAUAAGUGCUGAUGCAAAUUCUAAUCUUAAAACUUGCACACUAUGCAUUCCAUACUGGUAACAACAAAUAGUGAUACGAAUAAGCCACAGACUGAACCGGCAAGUGACUGGAUCCCGUCUGAACUCAAUUAGACAUCCUUAUAAAAGUACGAACAUAGUCGCUGAGGAACCACGAUAGAUUUUGGAUAAUGAAUGACGCCUUUGUCAAUGACGUAGAUUCCAGCUGCAGAGGAUAUAAAUAGCUCUCCAUUCAAUAUGGAAAGUAGCAGUUAAAACCAUUUUUCAUCACAAAAACAUCCAGACACAGGCUUCCCCACAGCUAAAUGUUAGCAGUUGCCACUCUGACAAAGUUGCUCCUGGCUGUACAGAAGUCCUGUUGUUCAAAGUUUUCUGAAGCAAUGUACACAUUACCUUGCCUUUAUGUUUCCUCAUGCUUCUACAUUCAGCCACACCCCUUGCCCCUGCCCACAUACAAAUUGUUAUAGGAAGCUUGAACCACAGCACAAGGUUAAUCAAUGUGGUAGCUGGCAAUAAAUUAGGUUCAAGUGACAGGAGAAUGUCCAUACCUGUCUCUGUUGCUGGUGAUCUGUGAUUGGUGACAGCAGGCUCGGCUCCCUGGCUGGUGCUGAAUCAUCAGGAGCAGCUGAUUUAGUUACGGCAGCUCGGACAGGGCCAAUCUAUCAAUUGAUCUUGGGAGUAAUGCAUUACCAGCUUGGGUCAAGUGAGCCUGGGCAGAAUAUAGCCACAGCCAGAAACCACGGCAGGUGAAUACGGGCAUUUCAGCAGGCCCGUGAGCAGCAGAGAGAAGGAUUUAGGGAGUGUGAUAGCAAGUGCUCUAAUCUCACUGUUAGCUGAAUUUGGCACAUCAAACUAAACACGGGUUGUGAGGUAGGAUGAUCAUCAGGGAGAGACUGAUGGCCUUCUUGCUCACACAGCUCCUCUGGGAGUUGCCACGUAUAAAAUGCUCGAUCAACAAUUGGAGUGCCUGAUCACAUACUGUAAAAUGUUUCAGCUUUGUGUGUUUGCUUGUGCAGUCCACAUCAGAUCAUAUCUUCUUGACCUGCAAUUGUCUUUAUUGCGAAAAUAAAGGUACUUGAGUCAGGACAAAUACUAUAAGAGAGAGAUAGUGAGGGCAGCCAAAGCUAUACUGAACUUUGAGCAUUGGAAGGGAAGGUGUGAGUAGUGAUCAAUAGUGAGCCCCUGGGCUAAAAGGCCAUUAUAUACUUAUAUAUUAAAGAAUAACUGUUUAGAUGUCUGAGAGAAGUGAAAUCCCCUCUCCCAACAGUUGGGCAUGUGUUGUAUUUAAUACAAUUUUUUUUUCCUCAACAUAAGUUGACUGCCUGUGUUCACGAAUGAAUUGCAUCAAGAUACAAUCUGCGGUGCUAGUUGAUACAAAAGAAAGUUUUGUAGAAGAGGAAAUAUUAAUGAACCCCUAAAAAGCUUUCUUAAUUUUUUUUUGUUUAGGCACAAGUAAAGAUAACAUCUGCCUGUUACAAUUCAUGAAUGAGGCCCUGUGGUUGUGUAAAACUCCUCUUCCCAUCUGAGACCAUCUCGUCUCAGAUGGGAAGCGUCAGUCUGUUGAGAUAAACCACACAGUCAGCAGUUGCCCACACUGUCUCUCCUCAUUGUCUAGAAACCUCCUCACAAUGAAUUUGUACCGAACAAAACCCGACACUGCCAAGGUACUGCCACAAAACACAAAACAAGCCUGCUAGGGUUUUUAAUCAUUCUUGUGUUUACACUGCAACAUGAUCUCAGUGCCACUAAAGUUUGAAGAACAAAGCUGAACAAAACAGACCUGAUCAAUACCUCUUCCGUCCCCUCGCUCCGCCGAUGUGCUCCACUGUCCAUCACCCUAAGCUGGCUGAAGGGCACAGCUGUAACAGAUGCAAGGAGGCUGAAUUUACCUUGACAGGGUUUUCUAAGGCUAAUUGGCUGUGUGGGGGGCAUCAGAAAUAACAGCAGUGAUAGGUUCUCUCACAGGGGACUAGGUAUUACUGUAGGUCACAAUUUAAGUCCAUGUCUUCUAUGUUUGGAUCUAAACUAUCGCUUGUGUCAUUGUCAAGUGAUACGUUUCUUUAGAAAUGUUUAUCUAGAAAUGCUGUAAUAAGAAUACAUACAAUAGCCCAACAGUAGCUUAGUGGUAUAAUUGUAUCCUUGAGAGAGUGCAUCAUUGGAAUAGCUUUAACGCUGAAUUACUAGUAUAAUAAUGUGUCUAGUGUGAUUGCAGAGACAGAUCAUGCUAAUCAAGGGUGUUAAAGAAAGUCAGAUGUCUAUAUUAUUUUACUUCAUUUGGCCAAAUAGUAGAUGUAAAUGGUGGUUGGGUAGACAUUAGGGAUUUGGGCCGCUUAAACAUCUGUUGUCGCUUCUGAAAAACAAUAUAAACGUAGAUCUUGUCUCUGACCUUUGAGUGGUGAGGUGAGGGAAAGCUAACACAAAAAAGGAAAAGAAGGAAAAGGAUGUUUAUUUGGUUUCAGUCUAUCUUUUUCACUCACAUUCCUCCUGUUUGUUUCCCCCAGAGUGUACUUAAUCUAUACUUUUUCUUCUUCUGUUCGUUUUUCUCUUCGUAUUAUUUUCUAAAAAUAUACUUUCCGCCAUCUGGAGUUUAAAGAUCUGCCACACGCCUUAGCUCAAACUUAUGACAAUAAUUAACAGCGUACAAAUGUACAAUGAUGGCCAUAUCUCACUGCUGGAAAUAUAUUAAGUUCAUAAACUCAUAUUUAAAAAGGUCAUUGUUAAAGGAAUGGCACAGCAGAGUUUAACCAAUAAGCAAUAUACAGCACACCAGUAGAGAUGUGUGCAGCGAGUAUCCACUCGAAGGAGGAAAUCCACCAAGAUCCAGGGUGUUAAAUACAAAUAACAUUGAACAAUCAAUGAUGUGUGUGUUCCUGUCCAUUUCUUAUCCUCACUAGUAGGCCCUAUAUGUUCCCUUAUUAUUCUAAGAGAAGCAUAUUAUUUCCUUGUUACAACAAUGUAAAUGUUGCCACAUGGUAUUCAUUUGGUACUGGUUUUAAUGUCAGAGUUCAUCAAAAUCUUCAUUUAAUGAUUAGAGAGCACGUUUGCAGUACCUCCUCUCUCUUUUCAGUUAUUCCCUUUGUUUAUUCCUCUCUAUUUUUUCCAAUUGUCCUCACAUCACGGUCCUUCCAGACUCAGCACUUACACCCCGUUAAGUGUCCCAGGCCAGGCAAUAAAUCAUUGGUUCCCCACAGCGUUCCAUGCCCUCCCUCCCAUCUGUCAACAACUAAUGCGCCACACGACAAGCUGCAAUCCACUGUGCACAAACCACUCACUUUGAACAACGUGGCUUGCUCAGCCAUUGAAGGCUGGCUCACAGACAUAGCCCCUGAAGAUUGACCAGAAGGCCCAGGUAAAAACUGUAAGUGUAUUUAAGGCCCUCUGGAGACUCGACAGACUACUUUAUUCUUACUAUUCAGUCUGAGAACAAGUUGGAGAAAAGUGAAGCAACAUGACCAAAAGCUCAAACAGGGUUCCUGCUGUAAAACAUUCACCAAACAACCCAUAAGGUGCAACGAUUAUCUCUUCUUAUGCUGCAAUAUCGCCGAGCCCCACUCCCAUUCAGUUAUAUUGGAUUGCAUUAUUUUGAAUGUUCUUUCAAUGCCUUCAGACAAAAUAAUUGUAGCUCAUCAACUAUGAAACAAGCAGCGCUGGUAUUGUGUUCACCUCUUGAGUGUGUGUGUGUGUGUGUGUCAUCCCUGCAAAAUGUGGUCCUGUAGACACUUACUGCAGCGGUAGCUACCACUGAAGCGGUUUUCAGUGUUUGGCUGUGGACAGAUUGUGUGACUGUGAUAGUGUCACAACCGUUCAAGUUACAGUUACAAAACCUUACAGAAGUGUAGUUGAGAUCAAACGGAAGGCCGAGUUUGAAGAUGAACAGUUAACAAGUUAAGUCAAGGAAAGUUUAUUUGUAAAGCACAUUUCCUCAAAGUGCUUUACAUAAGGCAUACACGCGUCAUUAAGGUCAAGGAUGUGUUUCUUAAGGUUUUUUACAAUGCAAACUCAUUUGUGUUUCGCAGGUACUGCUUAUUUUUACGCCUCUGCGCCGCCAAUUUGCACCUCUGCGCCAGCUCUAUCAAUGGAUGUUAUUUUGUAUGAACAGUUUGAAAAACAAGUCAUUAUUAGUACAUUGCAAAGAAAAUGCUGUACAAUGGUUCAACCGGACUGACAACUGAAGAGGCAGAAAAAGGCAAAGAUCACUCUUUACUUCUUACUUUAAUUUAUUUCGCAAAAGUUAAAUGAGAAUAGAAGAAAAUCACCAGUUAUUGGUAAAAUAAACAGUUUAGCAUCUAAUUGUGUGCAGAUUUAAAUGGGAACAAGGUCCUGUUUCAGUGUGAAGUGCACAAUAAUGAACUCACAAAUCACAGUUCCAACCUCUUCAAUCUAGUAGAGAAAUACAAACAGCUACCCACAUUAUUUAAAUAAUGGUCUAGGCUCACUGGCUUUUCUGGAUUGGGAAAUCAGUAGUAUAGCAUGUAACAAUAUGGGGACGUUGACUAAAUGUAAGUUUUAAUAAUUUAAUUCUUAAUAAAACUAUUACAAAUGUAAAAUUAAUACAUUUGAUAUUUGAACUAUAUCUUCUUUGUUUCUGUUAAUAUACUCAUUAUGGAAGGAAAGAAGAAAAACAUGCCUUGUGUACACUCCUGUGCAAGGAUGAGCUGAUUGUGAUGUUUAAAAAUCAUGUUCACAUGCUUGUGAACGCAAUAACUCAGGAAUGGCCUCGGUGAAUUUCUUCACAUUUGGCACAAACAUGCACUUGGACUCAAGAUGAACUGACUAGAGUUUAGAGGGCAAAAGUCAAUAUGACCUCACAAAACACAUUUUUGGCCGUAACUCAAUACUUGAUUUGCAAAUUCUGACAUGUUCACAGAAAUGUCUGUUUGGAUAAAAUGAUGUAGUGAUGAUAUUUUGGAUAGGCGUGGACGUACAGAACUACUUGACUGGUUGGCCGAGGCAUACAACCGAGAGGCGUUUUUGGCCCAUGCAUUCAAAUGUUGCAAACCUCAGACUACAAUAGAUCCCCAGGCACUCUUUUUGGUUGAGAUUUAGAGACGGUGCUGGCCAUUUGAGUAAAGUUAGAUUUAUUUCUGUGAUACUGCCAUAACCCUUUUAAGAUUAUGCUUCUGAUAUAGUGCAAUUAUCCUGUUGAAAAUAUGUAUGCGAGAAAUGCUGUUGCCCAUCCAGUAUCUGCAAUACUGCUUAAAUACAAGGUCUACUGUGCUUGGUAGGUAUUAUAGAGUGUAAUGUUUGCCAAAGAGUAGUUAGUCUGCUGUUCAAUCUGCUCUUUUUAAAAAGGCAGCAUUAAGGGGAAAGACAAACAGAGAGCUAGACAGAACGAUGAGAAUGGAGGGAAAGAGAAACAAAGUCCAGAGCCGUGUUUGUGGUUUAAAUGUGUUGGAAGCAAAUCCACAAAGGACACUCUUCAUUUUUUUCUUUUUUACUUUUUAUAAUUUCAGUCUUGUAUAUAUUAAGUGGUUGUGGAAUAUUUGCCUCAAUCUAAACGGGACAUCUGGUUAGCCCUAAAUGCUUAUCAUUCAGUUUAGAUCAUGUUGUAUCCAUAGCUUCAGCUUCCUGUUUUAGCUGACAUUAGCAGGAACUGACAUGGUCUUAAUGGUACAGGUGAGUAUUUUUGAGAGGCGUCUAUCCUUUAACUCCCUUAACCUCUGUAUUGGAUACAGUUUUGCUUCGACAGAUCUGUGCAAUUGAAUCCUGCAUGAUUUUUGCAGUGUUUGUCAAAAGCCUGCCAAAUUUAAAAUCCCAAAACUAUGAUUAUCAAGAUCUGUAAGAAAACCCCCACUGAUCCAAAGGUCAUUUAGACUUAAUCAUUGAUGUAAACUGGACCUAAUGAUUGUUUGGAUCCUCACACUGCAUUACAAAGUUUAAUUUCCCCCUAAAGUCUAUGAAAUGCUCUUUGUAACACCUCCUCGUGCAUCUGAAAACAACACGAUAUGGCUCUUGUCUAGCCUGUGUGCUUACCAAUCGUGCAAGCAGUAGCUAUAAUUUCACCCAGAGAAUACUGCCUGCCAUGCUCUCCAUUCCAAUUACGCUUCGCUGUGGCUCGAAAAGAAACGGAAUCCUCUUUAGGCGGAAGCAAGCAACUAUCACAUGGCUAUCAAAAUGCCCUCAUGUCACCAUCUCCGAUUGAGGUGAUCAGAUAAAUGAGACUUUAAUUGGGUUUUUUAGGCUAAUUCAUAUUAGGAGAUGAGAUAGAAUUAUCCAGAAAUGUAUUAAUGCAAUAAAAAGCUCUCAGAUCUGGCAGCUAUAUUGCAUUAGAAAGCUGCCUGCCCUUCUCGUGUUUUCCCCCUCCCUCCGCUCUCCUCCAAGGGCUUGCUGUGUUGAGCACCGCUAACAUGAUUGACAUUGAUAGCUGGAUCAAACUAUAGAAUCAACCCUAAUAUUAUUAAGCGAGCAGACACGAAAGCAAAGACCUGUGCUCUAACUGUAUUAACCGCUACAUAUGUUAGGGUUAUGGAUGCAGGAGGCGCAAUGCUUUGGGAAAUCAAGCGUGCAAGCCACAAUUUCCCUGUGGAUGUGUGACCUUUGUGCCUUUGAUGUGCAAUGCUGAGUGCAUGUGCAAAUCCAUGUAUACGUGCACAUGCUGGCUUGUGCAUACCGAUUCCUCUUGAUGUUUUUACAAUAAUUAGGCAUUAUCGUCAGUUCUGUUGUCAUUGCCGAACAGACAAUCAUUUAACAUAAAUAAGCCCUCUAUUGGUCCACAACCGUUUUUGAGGAAAAAGAGUUAGUCAUGGAGGGUGUCAUGUAGCAGCGAGCAGUAGUGCAUUCUAUCCUAAUAACACGCUUUUCAAAUACGAUGCUAUCCCCACUAUUACUGCCAAAUGCUUUGGUAUCAGUGAGAAGAAUUGAUGAAAUAGCUUCUAGUCAUCCUCCACUUGCCAGGCUACACAUCCCCGUGUUUGGGCCAGCGGACCUGACCACCUUUGUGUUUAAACCCUCAAUGCCAACCUGUCAGCCAUGUCAUCCAAGUUCCAAAGAACAUCUUUUUGAUACUGUUGGUUUUGUCUUCAUCAAGGUGGAAGUACUUAGAGUUUGCAUUCAAUUAAAAUACAGAAUGUGGAAUUUAUCAAAUUUUAACUUUAAAAAAGUUUAAGAGUCAUUUUGGAGCAGUGACUUUAUUGUUCCACUACUCACUAACUGCAUAGUCUCUGCACGUUAGCCACAAUAAUCUAGUUUCCAAAGGAUGUCGUCUGAACAAUGAGUCAUCUAUCUCACUGUUAAACAAUGUUUAAAAAAGAAAAUGAAUUCAAACUGUUUGUGAUUGAGCUGAACUUAUUGCUCUCUGUAACUAACAGCUUUAUUUCCCAGUGAAGGUGUCCCAAAGUUCAAACUCAUUGCUUCUGCAUUUCGGUAUGCUCAUCAAAUACUUUUCUCUUUGCCGCUCUGUCAGGGACACCAUACAACACUCACUCCACUUUGCACACAUUACUGAUUUUGAAAAAAAAAUUUGCCUGGUUUGAUGAAGCCACUGUAAAGUGUAUUUAAAUUUUUCUUCACACUAUCAGUUGGUGGAAAUUACAAAAUUGUAUCAUUAAAAGCAAAUGUGUAUUUUGCCUCCAUCUCAAACAGGCUGUCAGCAUGGUGCUCUACUGUGCCCUGUGUAGAUAUACAAUUAGAUUUCUAAAAUGUAUGACUUUUGGGAUGGGAAAUUACAAAGUCAAAUAUAAAAUGGCAGUGUUGCAUCCUCACUUGUCAGUGUUUUCUUCCCUGUUUCUUUAAUCCCCCACUUCUGCAAGGUAAAUAAAAGUUGCAAAGGAUUGUGACGUUUAAUCAACUAAUUGCAUUUGUGGACUUUCCAGGCAGAAUUUCUGACCCGGGUCUUGGAAAGCUAAUUUGCAGAGAAGCACAGAAAUCGGCAUGCGGUCUGGCACAUAUUAGGUUUUUUGCAUCCAUUAUUCCUCUCGUUCCUAUCUUACUUAGACGUAUCUCUCUUUCUGUCUGUUCAGUCACAUCCCUUUACCCUCACUCGCUUCUCUCCUCUCUGUGAUUGAGCCGCUUCGUGAAAUGUACUGGUGCCCCAAACACAAAGCAAUUCCCCUUCUCAUGGGAAACAUCCGACUGCCCUUUGUGGCGUCACGUCAGACGUUUGUAUUGAGUUUCUGUUCUACUGUCUGCUUUUGAUGAUGUAUAGAAGCCUUGAGACCCCUCUGAAUUCCGUAGUAAUUGUACGACUAUCUCUCUGCUAUCUUUUAAGCGUUCUAUUGGUCCGGUCCAAAACAAGGGAGACCCUGAAACAAUGGAAAUGGUUAGAAAGGAUUCUAAAAGCUAUAAAAGUGAAAGUGUCUCUCUCUGUGUUCGCUGUCACAAGGAGCAGCAUGAGCAAGUGUUGUAAGCAAGUAAGUAGGGAUGUGGCACUACACUUAUUUUUCACAUUAUCUCUAAAUGAUUAGGUCUAUUUAGUUAGAGGGUGUGAAUAAAUGUUCUCUUAAUUUUGUCUUUAUUUUUUAUUUUCGAUUACUAAUCAAUUUAAAAUGUAUCCAGUGACUUCAUUACGUUCAUUGAUGAAACCGACAAACAGAUGGAGCUUGUGUCAUAUUGAUUCUUUGCCUCCCUCUCAUUUUUAUUAUAUUGUUACUCUGCAGCAGAGUCCAAUUUCAUUACACCCUCUGGAUCCAUAUAACAGCACAAACUCAUCUUCGUGUCACUAAUAAAGUGAUUACUUGGAUGGAGAAAAGGUCUGAAAUGCUUUUUUCAUGGCUUCUGUGUGAUAAUUCCCUGAAGUACGGGGGAAAUAUGGGUGACUAUCGUGUCAGGGAAGAAUGGGUGGGGGCUGUGCUGUUUGAGGAGGCUUUAUAGCUCCCUGACCUUUUAAAGAUAUAGAUUGUUGUUCUGUUAAAGCAUAUACACCCAGUUAUUGCCUGUUCUUUUAUAAUGCAUUAUUGAUUUUGAUAGGUUUAUUUCUCUAUUCAAAGGCCAAAAAAGCACUUGCAUUUGUAUCUAAGAGUGGGCAUGAAAAAUGAGUUAUUUUCUGUUGUAUCAGGCCUCUCGUUGCUAUGCAAUUGGAAGUUUAGAACGGAACUUGACAUGAAUCAACACUGAUAGGUCACAAAUUGACUGUAAUUGUUGCUGCCACUGAAUUAGGGUGCUUUGGAAUUUGUUCUUUAGUAGAUUUUGAACAACUUGAUUUUCUUCAUGGAUAAUUAACUUGGUCAUUAUUGAUGUAUUUCUUUGUUUAUAGGAAUACAGGGUUAUCAUUUAACAAAAUGAAAACAUUUAAAUUGUUUCAAACAGAUCUUAGAGACACAACUUGCACUAGUGUGCACUAGUUUACCAGCUCAUGGUCUCCUUGUGUGGUUGUUGCUGCAAAUUGUCUCUCCAGAGGGCCCUCCCACACGCUCACACUUACAGUCUCAUACGCUUACACAAAAAUGAUUAAUUCCUGUGCUUUAUGUUGCUUCUAAGAAGUUAUUUAUAAAUGAAAAACAUUUUCGACAGUACUGUUGCCUGCUUAGCUUCUUACCAAUCAAAAGCUCCCACAUUCAUUUGAAAACCUCCAGAGACCCAUUAUGUUGUUUAAGUGUACACAACUGAACUGAACAUAUUGAUAAAUAUGGCACGUAACAGAAAUUAAAUCUUUUCAUUUCAAAGAAAACAUGAGUUGACCAUAAACAAAACAUGUUUGCAAUAUUAUAUACUUUUUAUGAUUUUGACUUUCAUUUAAAUAGCCUAUAUACAGAUUAAUAAAUAGCUUUCUCUAGCUCUAUGUGGCGUAGUAGGUAAAGUGAAUCUCAAUAAAACUACUGAACUUCCAGUUUGUUGUUGAAGUUUUCCAAUGGAACUGAGGCUACUUUAUGAUCAACAAGACAGUUCCCAGAUUGAGCUAAUCCCAUAUUCAACUUUAGUUCUGCCUCCAUUUGGGCCUUCUUCAAAAAUCCACAUUCUAAUUCUCCUAAAUUGAAGGUAGUGUUGAGAUGUUGAGGCUACCAUCAGGCCCUUUUAAGCUACAGUUCAAUAUCGAUGACACCCAGUAAAAUUUGAAAUCCAAUGCACGCAGAAUCGUACAUUUUGAAGUGCAUGAGGCAUACUUUUGUAUGGCAACAUAAAUAUUAGCACAAGCUUCACUGCAACAUACUAGUAUAUUACUGACCUUGCAUAUUCUAUGCUGUUUAAGGAGCUGCAUGAAAGUGAGCUUGGUGUUAGAUGAGGUUUUUUGGGUCUUUGGCGCUAAAAAUAGACAUCCUGGUAACAAAGGCCUCAUUUUUCAAAGCAUGCAAGUUCUAUAUCGCUGUUUAAGACUUGCCUGUAUACACAAGUAAGUAUGUUGGUAUAAAUCAAACAUAUAUAAUGCAUGCACACCUGUAUGCAGUGAACAAUGAUAAAUUCUACCUGUUCUACAACCAUCUGCUUGUGCAGAAAAAGGCUAAUUUGCAUAAGGAAACACCCUCAAUUGGCCUUACAUAGACAAUGUCCUUUAAAAAGACAGAGUAUCCUGAAUGUAAGGCGACUUGUGAAACAAUUGAGCUUCUGAGAAAGAAUAGGAGCAGCUUUAAAAAAAUAAUUAGGUUGAAGCACUGCUAACCCUAACCCACCCAAAUGGAUAUACUGCAUAAAAACACCAAAAAAUAGAUAUAAACAGGAGAGCAGGUGAAAAACACAGUCAACACAGUGGUUCUAAAUACAUGCAUAUGUGGACACACAAGACCAAAUGUAUCUAUUAUACAUUUUUUAAAGAAGUGCUACCUCACAAAACUAUGUGCACCCAGCUUUAAUGAGGCCGCAGGUACAGACUAAAUGCCUGGUCUGAAUGGGCACGAUUACAGGAUAAUGAUUCAUAUUCAUAUUGACCAUACUGUAUGUUGCCCAACCAGUAGACACAAUUUAACAUUUGGAACUUAAUAAUAAUAAUACAUUUUAUUUAUAUAGCGCUUUUCAUAAAACUCAAAGACACUUUACAUUAAAA